AUGGCCUGGCAUAAAUCAUGAAGCAACUGCCAGAAAAUUUGACUUGUUCGAUCUGGUCUUACUUCAUAAGCCCCCUGACAACCAAAAAAAUUAUGUAGUUGAUCG